UGAAGCACUGCCAGACCGUGGUCCUCUCGGUGCAGGACCAUCAAGGUCAACAGACCAUCAUAGAUGAACUCCUCCAGAAGCUCAAGGGAGACAACGCAGGACUGCGGCUGGCUUCGUCCACCCUGCUUCAGGUCUACUGCAGCAAGACCAGCUGCAGCUACGCAGAUUAUGUACCUCAACUACAGAGGGCGCUCAUCCAGUCGUUCAACGAUCCUGAAACCAGGGUGUUGGAGAUGAGCUGGGAGGCCCUCAAUGCUGUAACAAAGAGCUUGAGUGCAGCAGAGCAGAUGGGUCAUAUUGGAUCUGUACGUCUUGCUGUGCGGUAUGCUGCAGAGGAUUGCAAACAUGAUGAACUACCUGGCUUCUGCCUUCCAAAGAAGGGUAUCACACCGGUCCUUCCAUACUUCCGAGAAGGCAUCCUGUCAGGGUCACCGGAGGUCAAGGAGCAAGCAGCCCUGGGGUUAGGUGAGGUCAUUCAACGGACCAGCAUCACUGCCCUCAAACCUCAGGUAGUAGCCAUCACUGGACCUCUGAUCCGUGUCCUGGGUGACCGCUUCGCUUGGAACGUCAAGGUGGCCAUUCUACAGACCUUAGGGCUGCUCAUCGCUAAAGUUGGUGUGCUACUGAAAGCUUUCCUGCCACAGCUUCAAACCACGUUCAUCAGAGGCUUGACCGAUGCUAACAGGGCGGUCAGGUUAGAAGCAGCUGCAGCCCUCGGGAAGCUGGUGGUCAUUCAUGCCAAGGUGGACCCUCUCUUCACAGAGCUCCAUAAUGGCAUCAAGAACACUGACAAUGAUACAGGUGUUAGGGAGACAAUGCUCCAAGCUUUGAGAAUGGCAAUAACGGGUGCUGGGACCAAGAUUGGUGAUGCUAACAAGAAAGCUCUCCUAACAACUCUAAUCAGUAACCUUUCAUCAACAGAGAAUAACAUUAGGAUAUCUUCAGCAGGGUGUCUAGGGGCAUUGUGUAAAUUCUUUAGUGAUGAAGAUCUGGAAGACAUCCUCAACAGUAGACUACUCGUAAAUGAACCGAAUCAGAACUGGAUGCUGCAUCAUAGUUGCGCCCUCACUCUGUCAGUCAUGCUCAGAGACUCACCAGAGAGAGUAACGGGUGAUGGUAGAUCGGCAAAGGUUCUUGAGGUCAUGAUCAAGAAUUCAUUGAAUGACAGGAUACCUGUGUGUGUGGCUGGUGUUCGAGGUAUGGGCUUCUAUCUAAAACACUGCGUUGCAACUGGUGGACAGGUCCCGCAGUCCCUCAUCUCUGCUAUGGUCAAGUGUUUCAACCACUCAUCCAACGACGUCAAAAUGGCCAUCGCUCAGAUGAUCUGCCAUGUUGCCUUGACAACAGAAUCACCUCUGGACAUGUCAAUUGUACGAGGGAUACUGGUAGUCUUGGUCAGCAAUACGAAAGACAAGAACACGGCUGUACAGGCCGACAGCGAAUGGGCGUUGGUUGCGCUUCUCAGGCUAAAACAUGGAGAUGAAUUUUUACAGGAAGUGAUGAAAACCCUUGACUCGGUCCCAGCUUCCAACCUCAAUGAUUGCCUCAAGAGAUUACGGAAAGUUGCGGCACAGAACUUCCCAAAAAUAGAUAUCGAUGAAACUGUCUUGCGCUGAUAUUUUCCAAGAUGGUAGUCUUACAUUUUAUCAGGACGCUAUCUAAGUUUCUUUUUUAAUUCUUCAUUUCAAAGGACUGAAUUGACAGUGGAGCACUGCUGUUCAUGGCCAAUAUCACUAUGAUAGCCUUGUGAUGAUAGUUUCAUGACUGGUGAACAUGUACUAGAUAGACUGUGCUAUACUUUCAUAUAUUUCCCGUCCAGCUGCUAUUCAUCACUCAGAAAUGGAAUAGACUCAAUGAGAAAUAUACGACAGCAUAGCUUGUUACGGGAUAAUAACACACCCACUUCAGAGCAUUCAGAUUGUUCCGAUGCUGUUCCGAAGUAAUGUUUGAAAGUUGUUUUUCAUCUGGACAUUGCCCACAAAGAGAAGGCUCGGUAGAGUGCCCCCAAUCAUUGUAAAAUUUGACUUUUGUGCUGUAAAAGGGAAAAUUACACCAAAUUGUGUUCAGGGGCCAUUGCAUCAAUCGAUCCUGGCAUGAUUGAUAAAAAGAGCAUAUGCCGAUAAAAUUCAUUUGAAUUAAAAUUUGAAAACUACAGACUUGAAAUGAGGUGACUGUUUUUUACAAACCGGUCUGAAGAAUUUUCUGAAUGUUUACAAGUCACUGAUAUACAUCAUCAGCAUUUAAAGAUUGUGUAUUACAACAUAUCACAGGGUCUGAUUAUGAACAGCCCAGCUUCUGGGAAAUUGAUGAUAUUUGGACAAAGGUUUUCUUCUUCUUACCAUUUGUAUCAAUUUAUCUUGUUCACCAGCUUUGUCUCAUAAAAAUACAUCAAGAGUUGUAUGGUGCAAUUGUCAAUGAGAAUAUUUGUGUUAUAUUUUUAUGUGUUUCGUUUCAACCAGGAUCAAUCAUGGGUUGUCAUGUUUAGCACAAUAUUUUUGGGAAAUAUUCUUCAUUUUCAUGUACAAAUAUCAAAAUUUUAUGGGAAAUGUUUCAAAAUAGAAUUGAAAUAUUGCAUAAGUUGGACACAUCUGAAAGUAAUGAAUAAUGUGCUCGAAAUUAAUUUAGUCUUUUGUCUUUUAAUCAUGAUGUUUCUUGUUUUUGCCCUCAAAGCAUUAACAUUGUUGGUUAAUGAAAAUAAUCUUAUUCUUCGUGCAUGUUAAUGAGAUCUAUUUGCAAAGUAUUUUGAGACACCAACAUUUGUGUAAAAGCAAAUGUGAUUUCAAAUAUGUUCCACUGACUCUGUUUUGUUUCAAGUUGGAUAAAAUGUGAUGACAGGAAAUCAAUGAUAUACAUUUAGAUCUGUAUUUGAUUUGGGCUUAGAACAUAAACAAAAAUAUAGCCUUUUACAUAUUUGAUGUAAAUUUCCGUUGCUGAAAACAAGAGACCCUUUGAAAGACAACAUUGGUCAAUUUAAUAGGACACAUUUUACAAGAAACAGUUUGGAUGGAAGACAUUGGUCUACAGCCUUUAUCUAGGUAUUUAUUGAUACCUGUAGAUUAUUUUGGGGUGUUAAAGCUCCGAUAUGUGGUAAUUGUUGUGGAUUACAAUUUAAUGGAAUAGUACCUUAGGGGUUCCCCCCCCCCCCCAUGACAUCCAUUUAUCUAGUAGCUCUGACAAAGUCACUGGCUAGUCACAUGUGCAUUUUACAUGAAUAUUUCAGAGAUAAAGAGUAUUAAAAUAUUGCACAGCUUAAAAGUUUUACUUUCGCACACAAAAUAAACUUUAUAAAGUAUAUUGACACGUGAGGAAAUACAUGAAUAUUGUAUGGCAACUGCACAUAAUUACUAUGUUACAAGAUUAUCUAACCAUGUUUAAUGUAUACAUUGCCUGCGUUUAUUAUAAGUGGAAUUUUCUCAGAGUAUAUAUGUAUUUUAAUGUGAGAAGGCUUCUUCCCAUUUUCGUUUGUAUCUCAUUGGCUCACUGAUGUCAUGUGAUUAAAAUCACAGUGGAUAUUACA